GCGGAAGAAGCAGUUCGUAUGUAGAAUCUGCAGGAAGACCUUCACAAUUCUUCGCACGAUCUCUCUUUCUUUCUUUGAUCUCAUUGAUUCACAAAUGAAUCCUUCAAUCCUAUUGAAGAUUCCUUCAGAUCCAUUACCCUUUUCCCAGAUCUCUCUCCUUUGAUUCAAUUUUCAAAGUUUUUCUUAAAAAUUUAAUCUUCCGAUUAAAUCUCAAGAUCCCUCGAUUCUCUCUCAAAACCCAGUUUUUUUCGUCAUGGGUUCCACUUCCAUUCGCUUUCUCUUCAUUGCUUCCUUUGUCUUCUUCGCUGUGUCUUCCAUUUCAUUUGCUCAGGAUUCAGAAGUUCAAGCUGAAAGGGAGGAAUCUGGUGGGUCAAUCAAAGAUUUGGGCCGGCGGGGCAUGAUUGCUGCGAAGAACCUUAAGAAUGGUGUACUAGACGAUCCGGUGGGUACUGCUCUUGGUUUUGAUUCUGGUCUCGGCAUCUUGGAUGCAUUCUUUGCAAGUUUUUCCAUGAUAAUUGUCAGUGAGAUUGGAGAUGAAACUUUUAUAAUAGCAGCUCUUAUGGCUAUGCGGCACCCAAAGUCAAUUGUUUUAUCUGGUGCGCUAGCUGCCCUCUUUGUAAUGACAAUACUUUCCACUGGACUAGGUAGGAUUGUGCCGAAUCUGAUAUCAAGGAAGCACACAAAUAGUGCAGCUACAGUUCUCUAUGCAUUUUUUGGGCUUCGGUUACUUUACAUUGCUUGGAGAUCAGACACAAAGGGAUCUCAGAAAAAGGAAAUGGAAGAAGUGGAAGAAAAACUUGAGACUGGCCAAGGGAAAACAUAUUAUCGACGCUUCCUCUCCAGAUUUUGUACACCAAUAUUCUUGGAGUCAUUUAUUCUAACGUUUCUAGCAGAAUGGGGGGAUCGAAGCCAAAUUGCCACAAUUGCUCUGGCAACGCAUAAAAACGCGGUGGGUGUAGCAGUAGGAGCUGUGAUAGGGCACACCAUCUGUACAUCACUGGCCGUGGUGGGAGGAAGCAUGCUAGCAGCCAAGAUCUCGCAGCGCACUGUUGCCAUGGUCGGAGGCUUGCUCUUCCUUGGCUUCUCUCUCUCAUCAUAUUUCUACCCUCCCCUAUGAUUUGUAGGUUAACAUGAUUCUUUUGGAAGAACCCAAUUUCCUUUGCUCUUCAAAUGUUCCUAGUGUUUUAUCUCUAGUUCAUGUGCAACACUGAAAUGUUUUUAUACUAACUGGCAUAAAAACCAGACCAAUGUCCUUAUUCUUUUUGUAUACAUACAUAUAUAAUAUGUUAAAAUAUAUGUUAUAUUUUAA